GUCUGGGGUUCAGCAUCGCGGGGGGGGUGGGGAACCAGCACAUCCCAGGGGACAACAGCAUCUACGUGACCAAGGUGAUCGAGGGCGGCGCCGCCCACAAGGACGGGAGGCUCCAGAUAGGGGACAAGAUCCUGGCCGUGAACAACGUGAGCCUGGAGGAUGUGAUGCACGAGGAUGCAGUCGCUGCCCUCAAGAACACCUUCGAUGUGGUUUACCUGCGGGUGGCCAAGCCCGCGGCCUCCUUCCUGGGGGACUCCUUUGCGCCCCCCGAUGUCACCGGAUCUUACUCCGCCCACCUGGACUCGGAGCUGGGCCCCCAGAGUUUCCUGGGCCCCGAGUUCCCCGCCCCCGCCCUCACCCCCACCUCCCCCCGCCGCUACUCCCCCGGCCCCAAGGACCUCCUGCCCGACGACGACGUCCCCAGGGAGCCGCGGCGCAUCCUGAUCCAUCGGGGCUCCACGGGGCUGGGCUUCAACAUCGUGGGGGGCGAGGAUGGGGAAGGGAUCUUCAUCUCCUUCAUCCUGGCGGGGGGCCCCGCGGACCUCAGUGGGGAGCUGCGCAAGGGGGACCAGAUCCUGUCUGUGAACGGGGUUGAUCUCCGCAGCGCCACCCACGAGCAGGCGGCCGUGGCGCUCAAGAACGCGGGCCAGAGCGUGACCAUCAUCGCCCAGUACAGACCCGAGGAGUACGGGCGCUUCGAGGCCAAGAUCCACGACCUCCGGGAGCAGCUCCUGGGGAGCAGCCUCGGCUCCGGCAGCGCCUCCCUGCGGAGCGACCCCAAGAGGGGCUUCUACGUCCGGGCCCUCUUUGACUACGACAAGGCCAAGGACUGCGGGUUCCUGAGCCAGGCUCUGAGCUUCCGCUUCGGGGACGUCCUCCACGUCCUGGAUGCGUCCGAUGAGGAGUGGUGGCAGGCGAGGGCCGUGCACCCCCCCGGGCAGCCCCCCCAGCUCGGCUUCGUGCCCAGCAAGAGACGGGUGGAGCGACGAGAAUGGACGCGCCUCAAGGCCAAGGAUCGGGUCCCUGGAUCAGGCUCACAAGAUGCCGUACUGAGCUACGAGACAGUGACGCAGAUGGAAGUGCAUUACGCCCGCCCCAUCAUCAUCCUGGGGCCCACCAAGGACCGGGUCAAUGAUGAUCUCCUGUCCGAGUUCCCAGACAAGUUCGGGUCCUGCGUCCCCCACACGACGCGGCCCAAGCGGGACUACGAGGUCGACGGCCGUGACUACCACUUUGUGGCCUCCCGCGAGCGCAUGGAGAAGGACAUCCAAGGCCACAAGUUCAUCGAGGCCGGCCAGUACAACAGCCACCUCUAUGGGACCAGCGUGCAGUCCGUGCGGGAGGUGGCCGAGCAGGGCAAGCACUGCAUCCUGGACGUGUCGGCCAAUGCUGUGCGGCGCCUGCAGGCGGCGCAGCUGCACCCAAUCGCCAUCUUCAUCCGGCCCAAGUCAUUGGAGAACGUCCUGGAGAUCAGCAAGCGGGUGACGGAGGAGCAGGCCCGGAAGGCGUUCGACCGAGCCACCAAACUGGAGCAGGAGUUCACCGAGUGCUUCUCUGCCAUGGUGGAGGGCGACAGCUUCGAGGAGAUCUACCACAAGGUGAAGCGCGUCAUCGAGGAGCUCUCGGGCCCCUACAUCUGGGUCCCAGCCCGGGACCGCCUUUAA